AUGUGCUCAAAAAUCUCCACCUUUCCCAUGGAUCAGCUCAGCCUAUUCCCGGAUAACAUGGCAGCAGCUGCUGCCUCGGCCUCAGCAGCCUUGCUACCAAGGCAAACAACGGCCUACGCCGUCAAGACAAAUUUCCAUAAUCAGUCUAUCCCGACAAUCGAUGAGAGCCUUGCAAAGCUAUACGGAGCCGGAAAUUCUGCCGAUGAAAGUCGUUCCAUCAUCGCACAAGCAUUCAAUGAAGCAAAAGAAUUCUGCGACAAAGAACUCAAAAAUGAUCAAAAGGAAAUUCCUCUUUGGCUCCAGGGCAAGUCUUCGGCAAAGGAUGUCUUGGAUUCUGUCAUGGAAGCCAAGCGCAAAUACGAGCCUGCACAAAAGGUUGACGGGGGCUGGAUGUCCAAAGCAAACAACAUCUGGAGUGUGGCGUCAACGCGGAUCGUGUAUUACAGCAAUAUAUUGGACGUUCUUGUCCAACACCACCCGGAAUAUGUGUCUCUCGCUUGGGGCGCCCUCAAAUUUGUUUUUGUCGUUACGCUGAACUACAAGGAAUUAUCAGCCAAUAUCGCUCACGCCUUCUCCGAAAUUGGCUCGUUACUCUCUGAGAUCGAGGUUCGAGCAACAAUUCACCCCAACAAGCAGACUCAAGAAGAGAUUGCUAGCCUGUACGCCCAGAUAUUGGCGUUUUGUAUCAAAGCAACACGCUGGUACAAGCGUCGCAAACUAGCAAAUAUGUUGCGUGCAAUCGCAACCCCGUGGGAACUUGAAUUUGAAGAUGUGAUCAGCAGCAUCAGGAAGCACGUGGAAGCUUUGCGGAACUUGUCAAGCCUCGCUAUGCUCACGGAAACACGUCACAUGCACAUGGAGAUGCGAGACAUGCACCUCGAAAUAAUGGAAAACUCCAGAAGAACAAAGGAAAUCCAUGAUGCAACGCUGCAGAUGUUGACACUGUCUAUGCAAAUGGGGAUUGGCAACUUCACCGCUAGCACGUAUGGAGUUCAAACGGUGGCACUUGGCAAUUCAGAUCCACCAGUAAUUUUCAAGCUCGAGAACGUGCAAAAAUACCUCCAGUCCGGCAUUACUUGUCCAGAGAAAGCACUCGAAGAUGGCGUUCUUCUGAGGAAUCUGCGCCGAUCGAGGCGUUCCAGCGAGACUUCGUCGGCUUGGAAAUCCAGUUCAUUACAAGCAUGGGCUUCGGAGCCAGACUCGUCAAUCAUUUUGAUAAAUGGCUCUGUGAUAGCCAAGAACGAUGCAAGAGACUUUGUGGUGGAUUUGAUCCAAGUUGCCCAGUCGGAAGAUCAUCAAGUCGUUUGGAUUUUCAACGCGGAUUCCGACGAUGGCAGGGCAACGAUGACGGCCAUGGAUAUCCUCAAGUCACUCAUCUCACAAAUCCUGAGUCAGAACACGGACAAAUUUGCAGAGGCCUCGAAGCUGAGCGAGUCGAUGUUCCAAGACUGUACCACUGCGGAGCAAUGGCAGAAGCUGUUCGUCUCCGUAGUUUCGGAGAUCCCUCAACUUUUCAUUUUACUGGAAGCACAGGAUCAACUUGCAGGAGCAGUGAAAGAGCUUUCGGAUUGCUGGCAGAGGCUCAUGGGCUCGGACACGAAUACCGUAGUCAAAGUCAUGAUUGUGACGUACGACAGUGAAGUCACGGCGCUCUCCUGCUUCGAAGGAGAAAAAAGCUUUUCGCUGUCUCUCAAUGCCAGGAGGAGGCCGGGUGCUGGAAGGGGAGCUGCUGCGGCCAACAGAAUACGAGGUAACAGGGCUCAUCUUGGUGUGGAGUCUCUCAGACCGUUUCUCAAAAAGCCGACCAAUGGCUGA